AUGGCUUGGCUCACCGGAAUCGAUCAUGGAUGGCUUCCACAUGGUGGAAGACAUUUGAUUUUUUUGAUCCUCGCCUCCAGCGCACUCAUUGGCACCGCUCAUACCUCCCCAUUGCCAGAUUCAUCAUACGACAUUGCUAUCAGCAAUACCACAUUGAAUUCUCCCUUACUGCAGACCUCGUGGACCUUCGACUGUUAUGCUGGCUCGAUAGCAUGCAGAGGAACCGGUACCACAUCUGCUGGAUCCCAUGCCAAACAAGGAUGCUCACCAAUUGGGGCACAGGGAUGCACUCGGUACUCAUACAAUGGCGGUGGACUGUUCAAACUUUGUCUUUAUGGGGGCACCGGCUGCAGCGGGGCUUUGCGCACGAGUGUUAAUGGAGGCAAGGUUACCUGCAUUGAUGUGGGUGACCCUAAAAGCUUUAAGGUUGUGCCUUAUGCUGCUGCGUGCUAG